AUGUUGUCACCGACAGCCGUGCAUCGCGUCGGCCUCCUCUCCACCUUCAUUGCGAACGGCGCUCUCUAUGCGGCGCACUUCUCCUCCAUGCAGACCCCUGCCGGGGCGUUAAUCCUCUCCGGCAGCGUCUUCCGCUGCCUCACACUGCCUUUUACAAUCUACGGCGACCAAUGCCUUCACCGCGUAGCAUGUGCCCUCCCAGAGCUGCAGGAGGCGCACAAGGCGUACCUCGGCAUUGUCGACCACCCACGUGCCAUCGCGUGGGAGAAGCGCGUGGCGGCGCAGAAGCUGAAGAACGACCGCGACCGCAUCUUUCGCAGCUUUCGCACCAACAACGUGAAAAUGACAGCGCCGUACGCGGUCGGGUCGGCCCUCUCGCUGUACUGCCUCGGUGUGCCAGCUCAGAUGAUCGGGUCAUUUUUUCUAGAUGCCGGCAUGGCAAUUGUGAGCCCGCUUGCCAUAUCCUGCAUGCCGGGUGGCCACCUCAGCUUGGCGAGCAUACCCUCGAUCGCCGCUGUCGCACUCUUCACUGUCGAUCCAACUCUUGCCGUUGCGGCAGGAUUAACGUGCUUCAAUACGAUUCAGCACCUCAACCAGCGAGUCGGCUUCAACGACCGGCUUGAUGGAUGGAUUAAGAACACGAAGCUCGCGGUGGGUCUUAGCCUAGGACUCGUCGCUGCAAGCUCGCUGCUAGCUGGCCCGCUCGCGUACGUGCUGGCGCUGCCACCCCUCCACUUCUUUCCUCCGUACGUUGCGCCUGUGUGGCUUGGCAUGAGCGCCACUACGGCGCUGAAAACGAUCUUCGUCAACGGCACAGCACCUGGUCAGGCCAUGUUCCGGCUACCCUCGUACCCGCCAGAGCACGGCACAUAUGGCGGAGAGAGCACGGCAGCGGGGCAUGAGUACCGGCUCGCCUUCACAGGUGUGGACGUGGAGGAAACGCGCAGCAUCUGGCAGACACAGAAGCGCAUCCUCGACUAUGAGUGCGAUGUCCGUCUACAUCGACUUCUAAAGAAGCUUGGGCUCUUCAAUGAUGUGGAUGAGCUCGAGUAUGAAGCUGACAAGCUCAAGCGCAAGCGUGCAGUGGCACGUGCGCGGCGUCUCGCUUACACCGUGGCGGACGAGGAUGUCUCUACGAUAACCCAAGCCCACAGGCGCCGUUGCGCGAUGCGUGGUAACAGCGGGGAGACAUCCCAAGAGGCGGAUGAGUACAGCAGCGCCUCCUCUAGCGAUAUGGUUGCAGCACAGUUGGAGCAAGCGCAGUUAGAGGAGCAGCGGGGUCGACAAGCCCGACAAGCCGCACGUGAGGCUGCGUGGAAGCAACGUCACUAG